GGUGUGAUUACCUCAUUGGUGAGGAUCCCAUUUAAGGGACGAGUCAGGCGCCGAGGAAUCGCGGUUCCGAUACAAGACUUCCAUAAGAUAACACAAUCCGACAAGUCUUCGUCAGUCACAUUCGAAUUCAAUCCCACCCAGUCCAAUCUCAAGUACCAUUCAACAACCCCUUUACUACCUAACUACAUCGGGCAGAACAAGUUCCAAAGUCAACAAGUGCUUCUCACGAUUUGCACGGCUUUUCUGUCGCGUGGCGUUUCUAGUCACUUCGUUCAUCCGGCACGAGGCAUCGCAUAAUCCAGCCGUGUGUUGCCUUGUCCUACGUUCCCAAGUCUCUCUUUAACUUUGCAAAUUUUUUUUAUUUUUUCUUUCAUUCCAAGUCAUCAGCCUGGUGGCGUUUUCAUUGAUAAGACUCUUCUCCAAGUUCUACUCCGGGGCACGCGAGUUACAUCCUCCUGUCGCACCGGACUCACGAUACCCUCCCUAUCCAUACCACAAGCUUAAAUCUACAUUUCGCCAUGUCGUCGUCAAGACUUGCUGGUGGUGCUAAGCACCGGCUGAUGUCCGAGAUGCAAGAGCUCUCAAAAGAGAAAUGGGUAAACAUCGAUUUGGUGAAUGGCAAUAUCCUACGUUGGCGCCUUGGUCUUAUUGUCGUUAACCCUGACAGCGCAUUUAACGGGGGCUACUUUAAGGCCGAGAUGACCUUCACCGAAGAGUAUCCCUACCAGCCGCCGACCUUUAGAUUUCUAAUUCCCAUCUACCACCCCAACAUCUAUCCCGACGGCAAACUGUGCAUCUCCAUUCUGCAUACUCCCGGCGAAGAUAUCAUGUCUGGGGAGCAGGCUAGCGAGCGAUGGUCUCCUUUACAAGGUGUUGAGUCUGUGCUCCGGUCCGUCCUCCUCCUUUUGGAUGAUCCCGAGAUCAACUCUCCGGCAAAUGUAGACGCCAGCGUAACGUACCGGGACAAUCGCGCCACCUACAACAGGAAAGCCAGGGAAAUUGUCGACAAGUCAAAGAGCGACAUUCCGAGCGACUUCGUGAUGCCAACCAGCCUCGAACCCCCGCCACCACCGAAGCCGGUAGACGACGAUGCUGCAUUUUGGGACGAAAGUGACGAAGAACUCGAUUUCGGAGGUAGCGACACCGGCGACGACGCGGAAUUAGCAGAGUUUGAUGAAGAUGGCGAGGAUGACGGCGCUAGCGACGACGACGACAACUGAUAUCAGCCCGCUCUACGCAACAUUUAACAUCCAUUACUCGACCUCUAAGAAUGGGCCGGCAAAGCAUUUUCUGACCCAGUACACAAUUGCAUAGCGGGGGUAAGGCGUUUAUGGAUCUCUUGCACCUUUGGCGCGCGUUUCGGUUCGUCUUUUCGUCGCAUUGGAUUACCAACAAUCGACUUUCGCAUCUUCUUUCAGAUAGAGGAGGCUCCAUGAUGAAACGUGGGCGCCGAAGACCUUUCUCAGCUACUACUAAUUUGUAGCCAAAUCUUUGAGAACCCUCCACCGUGUUUAUAGAUGAGGGACGGUUGUCACUUGGGUAUAAACGCAACCAUACUAAUCACGCGUUACCCUUUCGUCCAACUUUAAGAAUGUCAUAUUUAAGUUAUCAAAACGGCAGUGCUUACUUAAGGCACUUAAUACCGUGCAUAUAGCAAUUCUACUACACAUCACUUCUUACAUAUUAUAGAAUGAAUGUCUUUGUACAUACAUUCUUAGGUAGUUAUAAGUCUUGCCCAUCACAUGUGAAAUGAAAAUAUCAUAUAUAAUAUGACCAAAUACCUAUUUAUCAUGUUACACCGAACUAGCUCUGCUGCU